UGAAACUUCAGCCAAGUGACACUGAACUAUUUGUAUACUUUUCUAAAGUUCUCCGGUUAUAAUUUAUGUUGAAAAUCAUCAAUUAGAAGGCAUUGGGCUGGUUCUGUUUUACAAACCUUAUUGUUAAACCUAGCAUUUGUUUCUUGCCUUUGCAAUUAAUGGAAAUGCGGAUUUCCUUGCAGCACAAGAUUUUCUCGCAUUAAUUUCAUAAAAAAGAAUAAAUUCAACUCCUAACAUUUCUUUAUUUGUUCUACGCUUUCUCACUCCUCAAAACAGAUUUUUCUAAGGAAGAUUAAAAUUUGAUAGAAACAAUUGUGUUUGGAAAGUUAGUUGUGUUGAAGACAUCGAAGAUUUGCAAUUCGAAUUGUGAAGGCGCAGUGUAUGAACUGAACGAGAACAAUUUUGAGGAUAAUGGAGAAUUCUAAUGAAAAUGGAGUAAAUGACUUAACGACAAUUGCGGAGAUAGAUGAGAUCGGAAUGAACAACAAUUUGAGAGUCCGUUACGAACAAGAAAAAAUAUACACGUACACCGGGUCCAUUCUUAUAGCUAUUAAUCCAUAUAAACAUUUAGAUAUUUUUAAUAAGGACUAUGUAUCCCUCUACUGUGGACAACGAUUGGGCAAAAUUGAACCUCACGUGUUUGCUCUUGCAGAAGCAUCAUACAGAAGUCUAUUGGAUGAUUAUUGUAAUCAGGCUAUUGUUAUAUCUGGAGAAUCUGGAGCAGGAAAAACAGAAAGUACUAAGUUUAUUCUAAAUUACUUGUGUACAGUGACGCCAAACGUUGCGACAUGGAUACAACAACAAAUCUUAGAAGCCAAUACAAUCUUGGAAGCUUUUGGGAAUGCAAAGACCGUUCGCAAUGACAAUAGUUCCCGUUUUGGAAAGUUUCUGCAGAUAUGUUUCGACAAAAGCAAUUGCAUAAUAGGCAGUGUUAUUCAAGAUUAUUUGUUGGAGCAGUCGCGAAUAACUUCUCAAAGUAUUGGAGAACGGAAUUAUCAUGUGUUGUACCACCUAGUUGCCCAAGGCCAGCGCAAGGCAGAUAUUAUGAAAGAGUUUUACUUGAAACCUGCUUCAUUUUACCGAUAUUUAAACGAGUACGACAGUGACAUGGAGUCCGAAGCAAAAAAAUUUGAGGACCUCACUAUGGCGUUUACCGUAUUACAAAUUCCACAGAGUUCCAUUGAUGGCAUACUUAAGGUGCUAAGCGCAAUACUAUGGCUAGGCAAUCUUAAAUUUGUUGACGUCGAUGGAGAACGAAGCGAUUUACAUGCUGAAGACCAAAACAUUUGCACGAUUUUAUCAGAGCUGUUGGGUCUACAAUCUGAUGAUUUACUACAGGUUCUAUUGAAACGUCAAAUUAAUGUUCGAGGCAAUGUGACAGACAUUCCCUACAAAUUGCAAGAAGCUCGGGAGAACCGACACUCCAUGUCGAAAGCACUGUAUCUAAAAACAUUCGCUUGGCUUGUUUGUAAAAUAAAUAACUGCACAAACCCUGGAAUGGACGGUCAGCGAUUUUUGGGAGUUCUUGACAUAUUUGGUUUUGAGAACUUUACCAGAAAUUCAUUUGAGCAGUUGUGCAUAAAUUACACAAAUGAGAAACUCCAUAAAUUUUUUAAUCAUUAUGUCUUUGCAUUAGAACAAGAAAUUUACCAGCAAGAAGGAAUAAUUUAUACCAACAUAGAGUUUGAGGAUAAUUCGUUGUGUCUGGAACUCAUCGAACGACCACCUAGAUGCAUAUUCAAGUUACUCACAGAGCAAUGCCAUAUGCCAAAAGGAUCUGAUGCAGCAUAUUUAAGUAACAUGCAUGGCGAGUUUGAAUUACAUCCGUAUUACAUAAAGGGUAGUGAUAAGCGUCAUUGGGAAAGUGAGUUUGGCAUUAAGCAUUACGCAGGCGAUGUCAUAUAUGCCGUUGAAGGCUUUGUUGAGAAAAAUAAAAAUGCACAGCAAGAUGUGCUGUUUGAUAUAAUAAGUCGAAGUGAGAAUGUAUUCAUCAAACAGUUGUGCUGUUAUCAGGAACUUUUGCCUUCUUCUACAAUCCAAAGGGGAACAUCUAAAUCGAAGUUGACUGUUAGUGAUCAUUUCAGGCAGCAGUUGCAAUCCUUACUCGAUGUGUUGCAAACUUCUAAAAUAUGGUAUGUUCGAUGUAUUAAACCAAAUGGAGAAAAAAAACCAAAUUCAUACGACAACAAGUUAGUAAUGGAUCAAUUAAAAUACCUUGGAAUGCUGGAUAUUAUUCGAAUCCGACGUGAAGGAUUUCCCGUACAUUUGACAUUUGGAGACUUCUUGUCUAAAUAUAGGUGUAUGCUGAAAGCGAAAGUAAAUCAAUUGACAAGAGAACAUAUUAUUACCAUUAUGUCUGCUUUGGCCGUGCCUGAAAAAGAAUGGCAAAGUGGAAAAUCCAAAGUUUUUCUUAAGCUUAAAGCUUACGAGUCUUUAGAAGAAAAAAGGAAAUCAAUAGUAAAUUCUAGUGCCCUUAUCAUUCAGAAAAAUUGGAAAUGCCUGCGCCAAUUGAAAAAUUACACCAUCAUUCGUAAUUCUGCAUUGAAAAUUCAGCAUGCUUUUAGAGGAUGGAAUUUACGUAUUGAUUUUCUUAGAAUGCGAAGAGCGGCAAUCGUUAUUCAGAGGCAUCUGAGAGGAGUAUACGCAAGAGAAGUUGCUUCUGCAUUAAGGGAAAUGCGUCGUGUUGAUGAGGAAAUGAAAAAGAAAGAAAAAUAUGAUUCGUUAAGUGAACCUGAGCAAAGCAAUCUUCCAUUGGAGGCAUGCGAGAGAAUUGUCAAUGAGGAAAUAAGAGCAUUGUCCCAAAUGGCGGAACAGAUGACCCUAAUGCGGCAUAAUGCAUUAUCUCCAACAGUCAAGUAUGAAGAUAACAAUGAAAAUUUAAACUACGAUGCUUUAGAUUUGGACAACAUUUUUGCAUUUUUGAGUGAUGUUACGUCCAGUAAUUCAGAGAACGCCAUAUCUGUAACCAGUAGUAAUAACAAUGGCACUGCAAUGCAAGAAGUAAACGCGGCGAUCGAACAUGAUGUUAGAAACAAUGGUGUGGGUUCACCAUCAACAAAUAUCCCUCCGCCGCCACAAGCUGUUAUUUGUAUUGAAAACAAGAGUAAUAAAUCGAUAGAACAAGAACCCAUUUACGAAGCUGUUAAAAUUGUCGAUACAGUAAAGGAUGAACGACAAGGACCCAGAACUGAUAUAUUCUCCAGUUCUGGACCAAAUAGAAACUCAAACUGCCGCAACAGUAGUUUAGAUACUGCCCCAAAGAAACCUCCUUCAAACAAGCGAAAUCCAUCCUCAAGUGAUGUAUUUUACGAAAGGGAACAGCGACGAAAAUAUAGAGUUGAAAAGAAGAUACUUGAAAUGAAUCAACGUAAUAUAGAAAGCAGGAAAGAAUUACACAACACCGCCGAAUACUAUGAUAUUAAAGAGUUUGCAAUAAAUUAUUUUAAUAUACAUCAAAAAAUUUUAGAAGAUUCUUCUUUUGACACAACCUCAACAACAAUGCAACUAUCACCCCGCCAAAUGACUGUCGAUGAAAUGACAACAUUUUUAAAUAGUGAUUACAUCCCAACAUCGCACAUUCAUCUCUACGAUCCAGAAAAUGUUGCAAUUGCCUGUUUACUUUUUCGGGAAUUAUUCAAAUACAUGAGUGGCGAUUUGAACUCAAACGCAGAAUUAGAAGCCCUUCAACACAUAAUAGGUCUUGGAAUUGAACGGGAGGAACUAAGAGAUGAAAUAUUUAUACAGUGUAUGCGGCAAUGCACCAAAAACCCUAAUAUCGAUUGGGCAGAUCGUGUCUGGUUAUUAUUGUGCUUAAUUAUUGUAGCUUUCCAGCCAAGCAAACUGCUGUUUCGGUAUUUUGUAUCUUUCUUAAAACAAAAUUUGGAGACUCUCGAGGGAAAGUUAAAGCAAUACGUUCAGUGGUGUUUCGAUAACUGCAAAUGCACUAAAGUUUCAUCUAGACUGCUGCCACCGUCAAGUGUUGAAGUUGCCGCAAUGAGGAGAUUGGGCACGAUUGUGUGUAGAUUUUUCUUUCUGGAUGGUAGAACCAAAGCCAUUGAUGUGCAUCCUACAGAUACAGCCGGAGACGCGGUUGUGAAGCUUGCCGAGAAACUUAACCUUAUAAAUACCGAUGGCUGGGCAAUAUAUCAAUCACAUCCCGAUGGGGAAGAACAUAUAAAAUCGUUUGAUUAUCUUUACGACAUAAUCGCUGCAUGGGAGGCAAAGGAAAUAAAAACAAGCUUCGAUACAGCAACCUAUAACCGUUCCUUAGCUGGCACACCAUCCACUGAAAAUCGAUUUGUUUUCAAAAAGAGGCUCUUUAAGUCUACGCGUGCUUUAUCUCCCGAUCCUAUUGAAGUCAGUCUACUCUAUGCUCAAGCCGUUUACAGUGUAGUUAAGCGUGAUGAAUUUCCCGUCAGCGAAAGAGUUGCAUUGCAACUCGCUGGCCUUCAAGCUCAGGUGUCUUUAGGCGAUCCGUGUAAUCAACCAAAGCCGGAGUAUUAUACUCAUGUCUAUAACUUCCUUCCGGAAAGAAUUUUAAAGACGCGAGAACAACAAUUUUGGGCUCCUAUACUUUCUCAAGCACACAGACAAUAUGGAGCUUCCCGAAAUGAAUUAACCGCAAAGGUUUUGUAUUUGAGUUGCGUUAUGCAAUAUCCUCUGUAUGGAACUACAAUGUUCAAUGUCAUAUAUAAAGGAUUUUGGAGUCGCGGUAAUAACAUGAUUCUGGGUGUGAAUUAUGAGGGACUAGUUUACAUUCAUCCCGACGACAAAUAUAUAUUAUAUCAGUUUAAGUACUCUGACGUAGAAUCAAUGUUAUUGGAUGCAAGCGAUUGCCUCAUUACAAUAACUCUUAACCGUUACGUUUCUGUAAGUAAACGACCUACGAAAAAUUACACUGAACCAUUCGACGCUCAGCGAUGCUUUGUGUUUGAGACCACGGAGUAUAAGGAAAUAGGAACAUUAAUAGUUUCAUAUCACCCUCCACUUUCACAUUGGAUAAUGAAAAAUGCAAGUGAUUUGCCAAAGAAAAGUAAAACCAAGAAGAAAGAUGACCGUGCACGAUUCUACCAAAAUAUUGUUCUAUGUAGAAGGCAACUUAUUGAUUCGGGAAUAAUACGAAAGCCGACGGACAAUUGCGGCUUCCUUAAAAACACACUACGAAGACUCUCAAAACAUCGUGUUGAAAAGUUACGAUUGGACCUGUCCGAUACUAACAAUGCGGAUCAGAGUGAAACAUAUAAAGGUAUUCCUCACAUGUGUUGGGCAUUCAGUAAGGAAAACAUCAGUCAAUGUAUAUUAAAAAUGUCUGAACAAGAUGAAUCUAUUAUGAUGCAAGUAUUCGAAACACUUUCAACCUAUGUGGAUCUUGGAAUAUCAGGUGAUGCCAUACAAACGGCGGAAGACGAACAUAUCACAAUAAUUCAGUCAAUCAUGAAUAAAUGCAUGAGAAAAGAGUCGCUGACAAAUGAAUUAUACUUACAACUUAUUAAGCAAACCACUAACCAUCCAGACCCUAACUCAAGGAGCAACUUAAAGUACUGGUCAUUACUUUCUCUAGCAUGCAGUUUUGUUUUACCAUCAAUUAAAUCAAUCAGAAAGUAUUUAAUAAGCCAUUUAAAGCGAUAUGCUUGUAUGUAUGGAACAGAAGAGGGAAAAUUCGCACGCUUUGCAGAAAAGUGUUUUUUUAAAACGCAGGGCACGAGGAGACGCCAAUGGCCCCCUAGUCGAGAGGAAAUACUGUGCACCAUUAAUCGCCGACCAUGUUGUGCCAAAAUUUUUUUCAUGGACGGACAAUUUUAUUCCGUUGAAUUUCAGCCUUGUUCAACUGCAUUAGAAGUAAUGGAAAUAAUAAAAAAGAAAAUUGGACUUCAUGAUAAUUCAACUGGCUAUGCGAUUUACGAAGUUAUUGGAGGCACGGAGAGAAGUUUACUUUUCGAAGAAAAAAUUACAGAUGUUUUGUCAAAAUGGGAAAACUAUAGAGGGGCUGCGCAUCAAGCUGCUGUUACAACGUCAAGUACUGUCUCAAACAAAAUUGUACAACAGCACUAUUUGUUGUUCAAGAAACAUUUGUUCCUCGAUAACUACAUAAACUUAGAUGAUCCUGUGGAAAAGGAAUUAUUGUAUCAUCAGGUUUUACAUUCCCUGCGAAGUGAGAGGUUCCCUAUUACAGAAAUGGAAGCAAUUAUGUUAACUGCACUUCAAGGGCAGUUGGAACUAGGCGACUAUUGUGACAAAAUGAUUGACUAUGAACACAUUGGAAGUCAUUGCUUACCUACUAGAUUUGUCCCAAAUUUACCUCACAACGCUGUGGCUAUACACCAUCAAAGUUUACGCGGUAUGCCGUCAUCGGAAGCCAAAAAGCUAUUUUUAAAUUUGGUCAAAAGUUGGCCUCUUCACAGAGCGACCAUAUUUGACGUGAUGCAAUCGUUUACUUCAAAUUGGCCGCGAAUGCUUUGGCUUGCUGUUGAUCAAAUUGGAAUACAUUUGCUGGAACACAGAUCUCGUAAUAUACUUUGUACACAUGAUUACUCAACAAUAAUUUCGUAUUCGCCAAAUUUAAACUCGCUCAUGGUUUUUACAGGAACAGAACGAAAACAAUCUAAAAUUGUUUUAAGCACAUCUCAGUCUUUUCAAAUUGCAACGCUAAUUAAGGAAUAUUCGGAAAUCGCCAAAUCAAGAAUCAAGCAAGCAGCGCAAUGACACAAUUUAAUUGUAUGUUAAGGAGUGAAAAUAAAGAAUUGACUAUA